AGAACAACAACAACAAUAUUAGCAGCAGCAGCAGCAGCAGCAGAAACGAGACACGGUAGAGAGGAUUUUGUUAAGAAAGGGAAAAACUCAUACGCGAGUAACAAAAGAGAAAAAUGACUUCAAAGAAGCGAAAAAUCUUUUUAGACGCUGGCGACGACGACGAUGAUGAUAAUAAUUUCGAUGAUGAAGAUUCUGGUUCAGACUUUGAUGACGAUGAGGAUCCAGAUCAAAUCGAAGUGCCAGGCGGUGGUCUUAAUCUAAAUACAGCGGUUACGUAUGCCCAAAAUAUACGAAGUGGUGUUGGAAUUGCCACAAAAGGUGGAACAGCAACAGGAGCAGUAGUUGCACCAGCAGCAGCAACAACAACAACACGACUUCAAGGAGGUGUAGCAGGAGCAGGAGCCACAAUUAUACCCACAAUUAGCGCUAAUAAAAUCAUCAAUAUCAAUAACAAUAAUAAUAUAAAUAAUAAUAAAACUGUUUCGUUGCUGCGUCUCAACAAUAGUAUAAUAAAUAAUAAUAAUAAUAAUAAUAAAAUAAAUAUUAUAACAAAGAAUAACAACAAUAACAUCAGCAACAACAAACAUCAUAAUAAUACAAACAGUAUUGUCGCAGUGCCAAUUGGAGGAAAAAUAACAACAAUACGAAUACCAACAACAAAACUCGUAACGGUAGCAACGCCAGGAGGUGGAGUGGGAGCAGCUGCAGCAGCAGGAGCCGGAGCGGGAGGAGUUGCAUUAAAAGCGACUAAACUGCCGUUAGAUACAGCAAUUAACAGCAGCAACAAUAUGCCAAAGAAAUUGAAUCAAACCAUGGCGGCAAUGGCCAAUGCCGCCAAUACGAAUACCACCACCAAUGCAAGGAAUAGUCUUAGUAAUCCUUCUUCAUCCACAACCAAAUCUAGCACCACUGCCAUGACUUAUACAACUAGCGGGGGCGGUGGUGCUGCCACUGGAGGAGGGGUCGCUGCCAGUGGCGGUGGCGUGGGUUCAGCCAACUCAUAUUUAAGUAGCGGUGCUGGCAACUAUCUCAACAGUUUGAGCACCAACGAAUUGAUGAAUCUGGCCGCUUAUGUAGCCUCCAAGGGUAACAAUGCGUCACCCACAAAUUUCAAUAGCAAUGCCAACACAAGAGGCUCCACCACCACUAGUGGUGGUGGUGGUGGUGGUGGUGUUGGCGGUGUCACUUCAUCCUCCACAUCUUCAACAAUCUCCUCGACGUCGUCAUCAUCAUCUUCUUCGGCUGCUAAUUUCAAUAUGGCCGCGUCUUUAUUGGCGCAGAUGAGCUAUGCAAAUGCCACGCCUAUGCGGCCCUACAUGAUGACAACAAAACCAACGACAACGCCAAAAAUAAUCAUGCCCGCAGGAGCAUCAUCGGCAGCAGCAUCAGCAGCAGCAGCAGCAGCAGCAGGAGGAGCAUCAACAGCAACAGCUGGAGGCGGUGGAGCCGCAGCAGCCGCCGGCGGUGGCGCAAUGAAAGUCAACACUAUGAUGCUGGAGGCAGUUCAGAAAUUAAUCGCCAUGAAUCCGGAAUAUCUGACCAGCGGUAUACCCAAUAAUGUAUUCCAAAUGUUUUUACAAACAACACGAGCCCCACCAACUCCUUCGGUGGCGAUGCAACCAGCCAAUCCCUCAAUGGUUCAAGUCAAUGCACAAGCAGCGGCGGCGGCGGCGGCAAAUGCGGCAGCAGCAAAUGCAGCAGCAGCAGCAGCUGCCUCCUAUGUCCAACAGCCGGAAGAAGAUGAAGUCGACUAUGAGGAGAUGGGUGUGGCCGAGACUUAUGCCGAUUAUUGGCCAGCAAAGCUUAAAUUGGGUAAAAAGCAUCCCGAUGCUGUUGUGGAAACCGCCUCGCUUAGCUCGGUGGAACCCUGCGAUGUUUACUAUAAGGUAUCCAUUCCCAGCGAUACAAUCAAUAGCGGCCAGCUGAGUGCAUUGCAAUUGGAAUCCAUCACAUAUGCCUCACAGGCGCACGAUCAUCUCCUGCCCGAUGGCAGUCGUGCUGGCUUCCUAAUUGGCGAUGGCGCCGGUGUGGGCAAAGGUCGAACCAUUGCUGGCAUUAUCUAUGAGAAUUAUCUCAAGGGACGCAAGAAGGCAUUAUGGAUAUCGGUAUCCAAUGAUCUCAAAUAUGAUGCAGAACGCGAUUUAAGUGAUAUCGGUGCAUCGCGUAUUGAGGUUCAUGCUUUGAAUAAGUUCAAGUACGCCAAGAUAAGCUCGGAUGUGAAUAAUAAUUGCAAACGUGGCGUUAUCUUUAGCACAUAUUCGGCUCUAAUUGGUGAAUCGAAUAAUAAGACUGGAAAAUAUCGUUCACGUUUCCGUCAGCUAUUGCAAUGGUGUGGCGAGGAUUUUGAAGGACUCAUCAUAUUCGAUGAGUGUCACAAGGCAAAGAAUUUGUGUCCCGUCGGUUCGGGUAAACCCACAAAGACGGGUCAAACCGUCUUGGAGUUGCAACAGAAAUUGCCAAAAGCACGUGUUGUAUAUGCAUCAGCCACUGGAGCAUCCGAACCGAAGAAUAUGGCCUAUAUGGUGCGCUUAGGUCUCUGGGGUCAGGGUACAGCUUUUCCCAAUUUCAAUGAUUUCAUUACGGCAGUCGAGAGACGUGGCGUGGGAGCUAUGGAAAUUGUGGCCAUGGAUAUGAAACUGCGUGGCAUGUAUAUCGCAAGACAAUUGAGUUUCAAGGGCGUUACCUUUAAGAUCGAAGAGGUUGCCCUUUCUAAGGAAUUUCGUAAGAUCUAUGAUCAAUCGGUUGAAUUAUGGGUGGAAGCAAUGCAAAAAUUUACCGAAGCCGCCGAACUGAUCGAUGCCGAGAGCCGCAUGAAGAAAACAAUGUGGGGACAAUUCUGGUCAUCGCAUCAGCGUUUCUUUAAAUAUUUAUGCAUAGCGGCCAAAGUGAAUCAUGCCGUGAUGGUGGCCCGCGAAUCGAUUAAAUAUGGCAAAUGUGUGGUCAUUGGUCUCCAAUCGACGGGCGAGGCUCGCACAUUGGAUCAACUGGAACGCGAUGAUGGUGAGCUAACCGAUUUCGUAUCCACAGCCAAGGGAGUUUUUCAAUCGUUUGUGGAACGGCAUUUUCCUGCACCUGAUCGCAAUCGCAUUAAUCGUAUUCUUGGUCUCUAUGAUGAUAAUAAUAGCAGUAGCACUACAAUUAAUACCACCGCCAGUAACACGACAAGCAGCGGUGUCUCAUCGAUGUCUGCGGCCUCUAGUCUCAAUAAUAAUAAUAACAAUAAGAAUAAUAACAACAACGGCAGCAGCAGCAAACGUAAAGGUGCCAGCAAUGCAAGUGAUUCCAAUUCGGUUAAAUCGAAACGUAAGAAGACCCAGAAACGCAGUGCCUCUUGGCAAUAUAGCGAUAGCGAUGAUGAUGCCGCCGGACAUACGCCAUCGAAUAGUGAUAGCGAUAAUCCCAGCCACAGUGACGGUGCGUACAAUAAUAGCGAUGAUGACAAUGGCGACGAUGACGACGACGAUGAUGAGGACGAGGAUGAGGAUGACGAUGAUCAUGACAGGGAUAGCGAUCGUCGGAGUGUGGCCAGUGAUGCCAGUUCCGAUUUCAAUCCAUUUUUCAGUGGCAGUGACAGUGAUAUUGAUCCCUGGGUCAAUGCUCGUAGCAAAAAAUCCACCAAAAAGAUCAAAAAGAAGACCAAAAAGAAGGUGAAAAAGGAAAAGGCCAUUAAAAAAGAGUCAAAAGAUUCCAUUGCAUCUGCAGCAGCAGCAAACCCCAUGGGAGCAGGAGCAGCAACAGAUCCUAGCGGUAGUAGUGCUGGCAUGUCAGCGGCUGUUGCCGCCGCUCUCAAUGCGGUCAAGACACGCAAGUCUCAGCUAUCGACACAGGAUAAAAUCCAAGAUUUGCUGCAAAAGAAACAAGAGCUAAAGGGCACUGUGACUCCCGUUGGAGUGAAUGGUGUUAAAUUAAAUUAUGGCCCGCCACCGAAAGAUGCCAUCGAACGGGCUUGCACCAUGAAGGAGGAAUUGUUGCGUAAAAUUGAACGCCUGGGCUCUCGAUUGCCACCCAAUACGUUGGAUCAGCUGAUCGAUGAGCUUGGCGGUCCCGAGAAUGUGGCCGAAAUGACAGGACGACGUGGUCGUGUUGUCCAGAACGAUGAUGGCACCAUACAAUAUGAAUCCCGCACUGAAUCGGAUGUCCCUCUCGAAACAUUGAACAUAACCGAAAAGCAGCGAUUCAUGGAUGGACGCAAGGAUGUGGCCAUUAUAUCGGAGGCAGCGUCCAGUGGUAUAUCAUUGCAGAGCGAUCGUCGUGUCUUCAAUCAGCGUCGUCGUGUCCACAUUACCCUCGAGUUGCCAUGGUCAGCCGAUCGGGCCAUACAGCAAUUUGGACGAACACAUCGUUCGAAUCAGGUGAACGCCCCGGAGUAUAUAUUCCUGAUUUCGGAUUUGGCUGGUGAGCGACGUUUCGCGUCGACCGUGGCAAAACGUUUAGAAUCGUUGGGAGCUCUCACACACGGUGAUCGUCGUGCCACGGAGACUCGGGAUCUAUCUCAAUUCAAUAUUGAUAAUAAGUAUGGCCGUCAGGCAUUGGAGACCGUAAUGCGGACCAUAAUGGGCUAUGAGUCACCAUUGGUACCGCCCCCCACCGAUUAUUCUGGUGAAUUCUUUAAGGAUAUUGCCGGGGCCCUGGUCGGUGUUGGCAUCAUUGUCAAUAGCGAGAGUCAUCCCGGUGUUCUCAGUUUGGAUAAGGACUACAAUAACAUAUCAAAGUUUCUCAAUCGUAUAUUGGGCUGUCCGGUCGAUUUACAAAAUCGUCUAUUCAAAUAUUUCACCGAUACAAUGACGGCCAUUAUAAAUCACGCCAAACGCGGUGGUCGCUUUGAUUUGGGUAUUCUAGAUUUGGGUGCCGCUGGUGAGAAUGUGAAUCGUGUGCGUCUUUUGCGAUUUGUACGUAAACAUGCCACAGGCGUGGCACCCACAGAAUUGCAUACAGUGCGUGUUGAACGUGGCAUGAUCUGGCAGGAGGCUAUUGACAAAUAUGCUGAUCUAUUCAAUGAUAGUGAAGGCUUCUAUGUAUCGCAUCAGUUGCGUAAUCAAAAACGUACAGCCAUUUUGGUUGUCGUCCUGGAGCAGCAACAAUCGCGUAGUUCAUCAGAUUUUGAUAGCAUCAAAAAGGAUAAGAAGAAAUCUCGCAGCAAAAAAGAGAUAAUGUGUCAAAUUUAUCGUCCCAACACCGGACUACAAGUUCGCCAUGAAUCCCUAUUCGAGCUGGAGAAGAAAUAUCGUAAAGUUCCCAGCGAGGAGGCCGAACCGCAUUGGACCGAACAAUAUGAUGCCUCGGUGAAUACAUGCUCGCAUGCCUAUUGGAAUGGCAAUUGUCGUAAUGUCAGUUUAGGCACCGAUUGUGAGGUGGGCUUGCGUCAACGUUUGUAUCAUGUGCUAGCUGGUUCGGUUCUAUCCGUUUGGGGACGUGUCGAACACAUCUUGAAUACUCGUUCCAAUAGCAAAAUGCAAGUGAUACGCAUGAAGACAACGGAGGGUGAGAAAAUUGUUGGAACACUUAUACCCAAAUCUUGCUUUGAAACGCUUAUGAACGAUUUGCGCAGCGAUUCGCAAAAGGAAGAGGAGUUUAAUUACUAAAAAAAAAAAAACAACAACAACAACAAACAAAAAAUAAGUUGUAUUUGUUAUGGCUUGUGUUUU